CAUGGCAGCAGGAGCCACAGCAACGCUGACUCGCCUCGCUUCCCUUUCAGACCCAAAACAGCGCAUCUCCUGCGCUCGCGGAUCAGAUUUGGAGCUCGUUCGCUCGCGGCGUUUGAGGAUUUUUGUGACACCGAUCGUCUGGCCAGCUCGGCGCGGAGCGGGGACCGCGAGCAGCUGCGACAUCAGCCGGAUUUGGAACUGGAGCUGCUGCUGGUUCGAGUCUUCCUGGAGAUCCGCGGCGAGCACGAGUUGAGAUCACGAGCCGGCCGGACCACUGUUUCUCUGCCACUUGUUAUUUUCUCAUCCACGAUCACUGCAACAACAGAACAUAACGAAACUGGACAUUUAUUCUUUCGUUUGAGAGACAUUUGUUUGAGUUUCUUCCUCGUUGGAAUAUCCGAUGCCAGUUGCAGAAGUGUUUGCAGCGCUGCGCGAAGUUGAACUGGAGGAAGAUUGUUGCAGAAAUACUUUGGGCUUUCUGCAGUUUCAUAAAAUGAUUUAACAUUUAAAAUUCAAACCAGAAUUUCUUUUUAUAAGAAGGCACGGACAUUAAAGCUUCAAUUUUGUUAAUGCACAAGGGAAAAAGCCGAGAAGAGAUAAAAACAAAAGAUUUAAGUAGACUGUCAUCUCUUCUCACAACAUUCCACCACCUUCAUCAGUCUUUAAACCUGAAUGGACUUGAGUUCCUGAGCAGACAUGCCGCAGGUGGAAAUGCUCAUCUUCCUCAUCCUCAUAAUUGGGAUGUGCGUGUACGGCCAGGACUCGGGCUCCAAGGUGGUGUCUGACCGCUACGCUGUGUUCUGGAACAGGACCAACCCCAGAUUUUAUCGGGGAGAUUACCACAUCGACGUCUGCAUCAACGACUACCUUGACGUUUACUGUCCGCACUACAUCGGCCCAGUCUCUGAUGAACGGGCUGAGCGCUACAUCCUCUACAUGGUGAACUACGAUGGCUACAGCUCCUGCGAUCACACCGCCAAGGGCUUCAAGCGCUGGGAGUGCAACAGGCCUCUGUCACCAAACGGACCACUCAAGUUCUCGGAGAAGUUCCAGCUCUUCACUCCCUUUUCCUUAGGCUUUGAGUUUCGCCCCGGCAGAGAGUAUUAUUAUAUCUCCUCUGUCACCGAUACCAAAGGAAGGAGGAGCUGCCUUCGUCUCAAAGUCUUCGUCAGACCCCAAAACAAUUGUGUGAAAAACGGCGGGAACGUGCAGGAAGGAGUCGAUUUUGACGACAACAAUCACAACUCCCUCGAACCCGGAGAUGGUGUCAGUCACGAGUCACCAGAACCAGCGAGACGGAACGUGAACUCUGCUGGUGAGCAGCAGCUUUCAGUCCUGCUGCUAAGCUCCGCCCUCAUGCUCCUGGCGGCCAUCUUGUCGUUAUAGCCUCCAGUCUCAGAAGCUGUCCCGGGAAUGGACUGUCCUGAUUGGACCACAGGCCUCUCUACCCUGUAACACCUCCAAGGAGCACUUUUUAGAAAAAGAAGAAAAAAAUGACAAAAAAAAAAACACUGACAAUCUCUCUUGGUGAAAGCAGAGAGGAACGGACUUCAAUAGCGAAGCCUUUGUUGAUUAUUGACUUUGCAAAAUGCCAACUAGUGUGAUUCUUGAAUUUUCAGCAAGCGCUGAUAGUUGAGUCACCCCAAAGUGGACGUUUCUCUUACCUGUUUGCCUUGCGUCCAUUCACAGUAUGCAAGUAUCACACCGAGUAUUUGUGUCUUAGACAAGCACACAAACAUGAUUUCAAAAUGAUUCACACACGAUACACAAUAUACACAAUCAGCACACUCCUUAGCUUGAAUGGCAGAUAAGCACAGCCGGAUCCCUGAAAAAGUUUACACACUUCACGAUUUGUUUGUUUGGGAAUGCCACGAAUUGAAACAUGACUGGAUUUGCCUCCAAUGUGGAAGAUCCCGGACCAACACUUGACGUGAUGACGAGCAGAGAGGAAACCAAGAAAGGCGGAUGUUACUAGGAGACUAAGCUGCUAAGAGCACGGGGGUCGGAUUUGAUGACUUAGCCUUCCUCUCAGGUUAAAAAAGAUGCAUUUUUGCAGACAGUGAAGGACCGUUGUUGAGAGCAAAAUGAUUUGAAGAAGCACUCACUUGUGCACUUGUGAGUGCUUCUUCAAAUCAUUUUGCUCUGCUUUGCUCUGCUCUGCUUUUGCUUUGCUUUAGUGUUUGGAUAGAGAUGAUUCAAUGAUCGACUAAUGUGUUUGUUUGUUUUUUUGAAUUUUAAAUCGUUCACGUAAUUCAGUUGUAGCAGUCAACACGGUUGUACAGUAAAAUAUUUGAAUGGUUAGAUGAAUGCAUAGAGGUUGUUAUGGUAUUUUGCCAGGCAAAAUGUAUUUUCCUAUUUAUUGUGAAGUUUCUUGUGCUUUUUUUCUGUUCUGGUUUAGUCUGUAAGUACAGUAGAAAGGCAAUAAAAACAAAUACACUUACCUGUUACGUUAGCUCAUGUUACAUACAGUUCAACUGAUAAUAUUAAAACACACUUUGUACGUCUGUUUUGAAAUGAUUGCAGAGGUGGGUUUUUAAUUGUUUUUUAACAAAGUCCAGGAAGAAGAAGAAGAAGAAGAAAAAAAAAGUCUGGUGUGCACCAGGGUGUAGACAUAGUGUAUCUGUGUUUUGUGUUUGUCAUCAACAAAUGUCACAAAUGUGGUUUAACUGUUACCACUAUUGUUUUUGUGAAUCACUAUUUGAACAACUAUUGUAAAUAGAAGCAACAUUAUUACAUAGUUCAGGGACAUGUCCAUGCUGAACACGAGGCGGAAACUUCCUUUUUUUUUUAUUUGCAAGGAAAUUUCUUUUUUGAUUCUCUCGCAAAAGUAGCUCAGAGAUGUGUCAGUGAGACGGUGAGCGUGUUUCAAUGUUGCGGUGAUACUAUGGAGCCAAAUCAAGGCCAAAAGUUUUGCUAAUUUGAAAAUAAAAUUUGAACCUGAAAAUUCUUUUUUACAGUUAAAAUUUUUUUUUUCUGUAUCAGAUUUUUUUUUUCAGUUUCAGAACUGCCAAGUACGGUCUAAAACAGCUUUUUAAACAGAAAUGUGUCACUAGUAUCCGUUUUUCCACUGCCAAUCACGUGAAUAUAAUGUAUAAACAGUGUUGAAUCAUACUUUUACUGAUAACUUCUGCAACCUACGUUUCCUGAAGGCAACAUGACUGAGGAACGUCCCCCGCCUUCUCUGUUAUGCUGUCACUCAUGAUGCCACGCCCCUCUCAGUUGAUGCCACGCCCCCUACGCCACAUCGGGUCUGAAACUGAAAAAAAAGAUCUGAAACUGAAAAAAGAUUUGAAACUGAAAAAAAAGAAGCGAAACUGAUAAAAAAAAAAGAUGUGAAACUGAAAAAAAAAGUUCUGAAACUGAAAAAAAGAUCUGAUACCGAAAAAAAAAAAAUUUAAACUGUAAAAAAAGAAUUUCAAGGUUCAAAUUUUAUUUUCAAAUUAGCAAAACUUUUGGCCUUGAUUUGGCUCCAUACGAUACACACCUGUCAGACAUGCUCAUUAAUACAGUGCUGACGAGUAUUAGGACCACAUUUAAAACAUGAAAAUAGAAACCAAUGUAUAAAUGUCAGGAAUUCAAAGACGACAGCAGUCAUAGAGCUUAACUCCAAUUAGAUCUCAGAAUUAUAACUUAGACAUAAAAUAAUUUACUUCUUCAACUAAUUUUAAAGAACAGAAUGAAGAUUUUAUUGAAUUACAGUUAUGAGAAAGAGCCAUUUUACAAGAGUUAAGGUCAAUAUAAAACAAAUAAAUACAAAUAACCAGAGAAUAGAAAAAGUUCCUCUUUAAAAGUCUUGAGUAUCAUAAAGUGAUACUUGUGUAAUAACGUACAGUAGGAAUGUAAUGAAAUGGUUAUAAUCUCAUUAGUCAUAUUACAAGAAUAAAAUAUAGUAAACAUACACACAAAAAUAAAUAAAUAUAUGUCAUUAUAAAUGAAUUUUCCUCUGACCUUGACCCUUAACUGUGGCCCUAAUAUUCUCUGUUAGAGCAGGAGGGAAAUGUUCUGAUAAUUCCCUGCCUUAAACGAUUAGUAUUCAGAAUGGACCAUGCCAGAAAACACAGAUUUUCAACUUGUCAUUAAAUUUUUACUGCCUUUCAUAUUCAGAUUGUGAGGUUUUUGGCUUUGUGCACACUGCCAGCCCAAAUCUCAUUUGAACAUUUCUGUCUGACGGCUUACGUUCUAUAUUUCACUUGAUCAGAUGUGAUCUGUAUGUCCUCGCUGACUUUCCUUAAUCCAUAUAGUUGCUAUCCACAAAGUAAAGACAAACCAAAUAAAAGGCUGGGGAAGUGAUUUUUGCUACUUUUGCAAACAGUUAUGUGGACCUGCGGUGUAAAUUUUCAACAAGUUCUAGUAAUACCCCAGAGAUGGAGGAUGGAUCAGGAUCAGUUUACUGCUCUUGGGCAAAUGUCUCUUACAGGAUGUCGGUACAGCAGGGUAAAUAGUCCAGGCAGGUUACCUGUAGUUGCCAUUACUCUGAUACAUGUAGUUGUUGUCUGUGUAACAUUGUAGAUAACAAAAGAAGGCUAUUCCAAAUAAUAUUUGAGCAACUAAGUAUUCAGAUUGAAAUGCAUCUGCUAAAGGUAUGUGGUUUAAAUCAAAUUUGGUAAGAAAAAUAAUCCCAUUUACUGUGAUGUCUGGCAGUUCAGACUGUCAAAACAAUCUGUCUAGAUACAAUUUAGAUAUGCUAUUAAUGCGAUUUGGAGUGGCUUAGAAAACAUAGCCUUAGACUGGGAAAAGCCGAUGCCACAAUUGUGGAGUCUGCCAUAAAUUUUCAUUUUUGCCCGCAGUUUACAAAUAUCCCUAAAUUUGCUGCAUUCAGCCUGAAUUGAUUUCUUUUAAUUUGAUAGAGUUAUUACCUCCUUCCCUGCAGACGCACUGUUAAGGAUUAUUUCUGAUUACGCUCAGAUUCAUCAGUUUGAAUAAUUACAUUUGGAUUAAAUAAUCUGGGAUUACCUUGAUCCUUCACUUUUGGCAGGUUGGGUUGAGUGUAUCAGUGUGAAAUGUAAAUAGUGACUUAAUUUAAACCAAGCUAAGAGAGGGAGGGAGUUGAUGGCAUUAUACUUUAUGGAAGAGAUUAUAAAGUCCUGGCCCACUAAUUCAUAAUCUGACAUGAUGAUUUGUUUAAGCAGCAGCACAAAUGAAGUAUUUUGAGGGAUUGAAGUUUAGGGAUUUUUUUUUUUGAACUGACAGAUUUAUUAAAAUGAUUUUCCUCCUGACACCCCGCAUCUCUGAAAUGAUUGCCUCCAGCCGUGCCACUUUCAGAAAAACCAAUCAGUUUGUUUUGUGGAUACUGUGUAUCCAGCAAUUAGUCUGUUGUAACAUACCAUGUUAGAUGCUCUCUUUUUUUUUUCUUUACACUUCUUUUAAGGGCAAUUUAGUUGACCUGUUAAUGUUCUUAGCAAGAAAACAAGGGUUUGAUACAAAAUAACUUUCAUUUUUCUAUGUCUUUUAUACGAAACAGGGAAAAACAAACUACACCCUCCACGUGUUAAUCUGUCUGUGCAACUAAUGCACAUAUCAAACAUGCAGUACAGUUGUGUUACAAUCAUGAAUCAGAGAGUCUGAACAAAGAACAGCGAAAGAGCUAAGAACAUUCUUUUUCAAUGUGUUCAUGCAUCCAAAGUGUCUUUGAGGCUCAGGAUGUCCUUUUUUUUAGUGGUGCUCAUCUUCACCUUCAUAUGUUUGCAAGCCACAGUUGACAUUGUUGCAUUGGCCGAUUGAUGCAAUAGACUUUAAUUGGUGUAAACGCUCAUCAGUGUGUCUAUGGUGCAGGGGGAGGUUUGUUUUCUGCAUCCAGUCUGGAUUUUUCAUGUACAUUUGAACAAACUGUGGAUCAAGGGGAGCUGGUGAUGCACUCUUAAGGACUUCUUUGUCACCAGAUUUUGGUACUAUGUAGCUUGCAGGCAACACCGCAUCAUCUGUCCUUGGUUUUUGGCAUCAUUUUUUUCAAUGCAUAUACUGUAUUAGUGGGAAACUGUUAUCCUGUCCACAAAUAUGCUUUUCCCCCCCAACUAGGCAUGGGUGUGCCACAAAACUGCACAUUUCUGUUAACAAAAAGUAGUGACUGUACCUUGUGCCUAUUUAAGUCCCAUCCCCUCCUGUACUCAUCCAAACUACUCUAAUGUCUUUUUCCUGUUCAGUCCCUCACUAGAUUUUCUACAAAAAAGGCCAUGUCUUUGUAAAUACACGUGUUGGAGCAGCUAUGACUAACUAAAAGAAGAAAAAAAAAGAUUUAAUAAAUAUUUCUUUG